AUGGUUAAGACAAAGAUGACCACAUUUAGUAAUAAGGUCAAAGGUGAUUCUGGGUCAAGUUUAAUAUACUGGAAGGAGGUGGUUAAGUUCAAGUUCAGACUGGCAGUUCAAGUUCACACUGACAGUUCAAGUUCAGACUGGCAGUUCAAGUUCACACUGACAGUUCAAGUUCACACUGACAGUUCAAGAUACUCCCGUGCUAAUACUCCCCGCGCCCCAGGAUACUCCCCGUGCCCCAGGAUACACCUCCGUGCCCAGGAUACUCCCCGUGCCCCAGGAUACUCCUCCGUGCUCAGGAUACUCCUCCGUGCCCCAGGAUCUCCUCCGAUACUUCCCCGUGUCCCAGGAUAUCCUCCGUGCCCAGGAUACUCCCCCAGUGCCCCAGGAUACUCCCCGUGCCCCAGGAUACUCCCCGUGCUGCAGGAUACUUCCCCGUGCCCCAGGAUACUUUUCGUGCCCCAGGAUACUCCCCGUGCCCAGGAUACUCCCCCGUGCCCAGGACCUCUCCUCCUAGGAUACUUCCGUAACCCCAGGACAGGCCCCGUGCCCCAGGAUACCACUCCGCGCCCAGGAUACUCCCCCGUGCCCCAGGAUACUUCCCCGUGCCCCAGGAUACUCCUCCUUGCCCCAGGAUACUUCCCCGUAACCCCAGGACAGGCCCCGUGCCCCAGGAUACCACUCCGUGCCCCAGGAUACUCCGCCGUGCCCAGGAUACUUCCCGUGCCCCAGGAUACUCCUCCUUGGGAUACUUCCCGUAACCCCAGGACAGGCCCACAUGCCCCAGGAUCCACUCGUGCCCCAGGAUACUCCGCCGUGCCCCAGGAUACUUCCCCGUGCCCCAGGAUACUCCCCCAGUGCCCAGGAUACUCCCGUGCCCCAGGAUACUCCCCAGUGCCCCAGGAUACUCCCCGUGCCCCAGGACUUUCCCCCCUGCCUCAGGAUACUCCCCCCUGCCUCGGAUACUCCCCCGUGCCCCAGGAUACUCCCCCGUGCCCCAGGAUACCCCUCUGCCUCAGGAUACUCCCCCUGCCUCAGGAUACUCCCUGCCCCAGGAUACUCCGCCGUGCCCCAGGAUACUACCCCGUGCCCAGGAUACUCCCCCGUGCCCAGAAUACUACCCGUGCCCCAGGAUACUCCCCCGUGCCCCGGAUACUCCCCGUGCCCCAGAAUACUCCUCCGUGCUUCAGGAUACUCCCCGUGCCCCAGGAUACUCCCCGAGCAGGAUACUCCUCCGUGCCCCAGGAUACUCCCCGUGCCCAGAAUACUACCCGUGCCCAGGAUACUCCCCGUGCCCCAGGAUACUCCCCGUGCCCCAGAAUACUCCUCCGUGCUUCAGGAUACUUCCCCCGUGCCCCAGGAUACUCCCCGUGCCCCAGGAUACUCCCGUGCCCCAGAAUACUCCUCCGUGCUUCAGGAUACUUGUGCCCCAGGAUACUCCCGUGCCCCAGAAUACUCCUCCGUGCCCCAGGAUACUCCCCGUGCCCCAGGACACUCCCGUGCUUCAGGAUACUUCCCCGUGCCCCAGGAUACUCCCCGUGCCCCAGAAUACUCCUCGUGCUAGGAUACUCCCCGUGCCCCAGGAUACUCCCCGUGCCCCAGGAUACUCCCCGUGCCCCAGAAUACUCCCCCGGCCUCAGGAUACUCCCCCGUGCCCAGAAUACUCUCCCGUGCCCCAGGAUACUCCCGUGCCCAGGAUACUCCCGUCCCAGAAUACUCCCCCGUGCCCCAGGAUACUCCCCCGUGCCCCAGGAUACUCCUCCUUGCCCAGGAUACUUCCCGUACCCCAGGACGGACCCCGUGCCCCAGGAUACCACUCCGUGCCCCAGGACAUCCCCGUGCCCCAGGAUACUUCCCCGUGCCCCAGGAUACUCAGUGCCCAAUGCUUCCCUGUGCUGCAGGAUACUUCCCCGUGUCCCAGGAUACUCCUCCGUGCCCCAGGAUACCCCCCCGUCUCAGAUACCCCCGUGCCCCAGGAUACCUCCCGUGCCCCACUCCCCCGUGCCCCAGGAUACUCCCC